GUGAUAUUUUGAUCUUACUCACGGCUAAUCUCUAUAUAUUGCUUUUCUCCAACUGCAACUUUCCACACCAAAGUAUCAACACAGAAGUAUUGGAUUAAAAAAGAGAAAUGAAGAAGCAUGUUUGUUCAAGCGUCUUCCUUCUCCUUUGCAUUCUUUUUCUGUUCCUAAGUGCUGAAGCUCAGACCUGCAAUCCUAGUGGCAAGAUAAAGGGGAGAAACCCUCCACCAGGGCAAUGCAACCAAGAAAACGACUCUGAUUGUUGCAAAGUUGGCAAGUGGUACACCACAUACAAAUGUUCACCACCUGUGUCAAGUUUAACGAAAGCAACACUGACACUUAACAGCUUCGAGGCAGGCGGGGACGGUGGUGGACCGUCAGAAUGUGACAAUCAGUACCACUCGGAUGAUGAUCCGGUGGUGGCACUUUCGACGGGGUGGUUUAACCAUAAAAAAAGAUGUUUGAAAUAUAUCAACAUCCAUGGCAAUGGAAAAAGUGUGAGGGCCAAGGUUGUGGAUGAAUGUGAUUCUACAAUGGGAUGUGAUUCUGACCACGAUUACCAGCCUCCUUGUCCUAACAAUAUUGUUGAUGCCUCUAAAGCAGUUUGGAAGGCUCUGGGAGUGCCUGAAAGCGAUUGGGGCGAUAUGGAUAUCUACUGGUCUGAUACUGAUUAA